UAACGAAAUCCAUAAAAAUUUCCGCUCCCUAAAAUCGCCAUGGCCAAAAUUUUCCGCUCCCUAAAAUCGUCGUGGCCAAGAUCAACAUAUAAUCGUCGAUCUCAUCACUGAUUCUCAUCUCCACUCUCUUCACCUGGAUUUCGAUUUCGAAAACCCUAGAAUCCUUCUUCGAGUCCAUGAGCAAGGUCGAUUUGAUACAAGGGAAGCCCUAGCGAUCCUCUCAACCUCGAUCUUCAUCUAAUCUCAAAAAAUAAGGGAAAAUGCUGAAAGUUUUGAAUAAAGAAAAGAAAUGCAUUGAAUCUAAAGCCUCCAAAUCUCGAGAGAAUAGGGUUUCAGAGGAUGUUGACAAAGCUUUUUCUACUUUUACCGCAGCGGAGAGAGAAAGGCUAUAUCAGAUGAUUAUUCAGGUAUAUGAUUCCCUGGAACAUCGAUUAGUUGUUGCUGAGGCAGCUCAAAGGUUGAGGCUUCCUCUUCUUUCUAAAGAUGGGGAAAUUCAUGAGGAGGAGAUUGAGAAGUGCAGUUUGAUGUCAAGAAGUUCUCUUGACAGCACAACAACUAGCAUUACUCCCUGCUUUAGCUCAAACUCAACAAGUUACAACAAUAGCUAUGCAAGUAAUAGUAGAAAAGUAAAGGAUGGUAACAAUGGAGACAUUGCCGAUAAUCAUUAUCAUCUCUAUGAGGAAGAUGUCAACUUGAUGCAUUCUCUGGGUGUUAACUCGUAUAGAUUUUCGAUAUCAUGGUCUAGAAUUCUUCCAAGAGGUCGGUUUGGAGAAAUUAAUCAAGUGGGCGUAGCAUUCUACAAUAACCUUGUUGAUUCCCUCUUGCUCAGAAGAAUACAACCAUUUGUGACAUUGAAUCAUUUUGAUAUACCACAAGAGCUUGAAACGCGAUAUGGUGCAUGGCUUAGUCCGAAGAUACAGAAAGAUUUUGCAUAUUUCGCGGAAGUAUGUUUCGAGGAAUUUGGUGAUAGAGUAAAGUUUUGGAGCACAUUUAAUGAGCCAAACCUUAUGCUGAAAUUUGGUUAUCUCAACGGCGAAACAAGGAGGCUCUAUUGGAAUUGUAAUUAUGACCCAGUGGUAUGAACCUCUCAGAAAUAUCACAAUAGACAUUUUGGCAGCUCAGCGGGCACUCUCUUUUGAAAUGGCUUGGUAAUAUCAAGUUUGUUUGAAGAAGUUAAUAGAAAGAUUUCACUCAUAUAUAUGUGUCAUAUUUAUUAAAUGAAAUAUUGAAGUUACUUUUUGGCUUUAUAAGGUUCCUGGAUGCUUU